UGCUGGAGUUGUGGGAACAACAACUAGUACACUCAACGUAGCUGCAGGUGGUGGAGCGGAGGAAGAAAAAGGUGGCGAAGAGACUUCUAUUUUUGGCAAUGGUUUUGGUAAUAUCUUCGGAGCAGCGACUGGCAAUACAACUGGUGACCACUCUAGAGGGACGAGGACGACUGGAGCGAACGCAAAUGCCACUUCCUCUUCUUCUUUUCAAGCAUAUAGUGGAACGUCUUCAAAUAGCACAACAACUAGUAUGCCAGG